GAUGCAAACGUGUGCCUGGCGCACUAUAACUGCAUAGCAGGACUUUGCAAUGCCUGCUCACACCUUGGGGCUCUUGGUUUUGCCAUUGAAGCUGGGGUUUUAAUGCGAGAUUCGGUUACAGGUAUGCAGGAAAAAAGCAGGGUGGGUCAUGCCUUAAUAUGUUAAGGAAAUUCCCUACAUUCCUGUUUGUGAAAUUCCUCUGCAAAGAAAUGGCAUAGUACUUUGGGUGUGCUACCCCAGACCCCAGAGAGAGGGCAAAUGUCCAAGCAACCACAGCAGAAAAACAGGCCUACUUUUUCGAAAGCAUUUCAAACUGUGAGAUCAAACCAGCCAUUCUAUCCAUUAUUGCACCGUAUAAUGCUGCUUUUGUACCUACUGAGAAGAAAACAACGCCAAAGCCAUUAACAGAGCAGUUGAAUGAAGAGAAUUUCAAAACCACUUUGCAGGAAUUACUGAAAAAGUCUGACACAACUUCUAAUGAGCUCAAGUUAGGUAUCAAGAAAGCAGAAACUGUUGAGGAAGCAACAAGAGACCAGGUAGAUCGCAAAGUGUGGUUUGAGUAGAGAGAAGGCCAAGUGACUGCCUCAAAGUUUAAACCUGCUUGCUCAACCAAUCCCGAUAAGCCAUCAAAAAGCCUGAUUAAGAUGAUUUGUUAUCCUAGGGCUCAUCGCUUCACAAAUGCAGCAACAAGAUGGGGAAUAUCAAACGAGAGCAAAGCAGGAGAAGCAUACGAGUUUUCAAUUGCAGUUCAGUGCCUCAAUUUGUCUGGAAAGGACAAUGGCUACACAUAAACGAGAACUACCCACUGUUAAGGGGCUUCACCUGAUGAUCUUGUUCUUUCUGAGUGCUGCGGAGAAGGACUGUGAAAUUAAAUGUCCUUAUAAGAACAAGGAUGCCAUGCUGGUUACUGCUGCAAAGGACAGCAGUUGCUCUUUGAAAUAAGAUGGGGUUGAUCUGUGCUUGCACUGUUCAUCCUUAUUACUAUUAAGUACAGUGCCAGUUGUUUGUAACUGGAGUGGAGUACUGUGAUUUUGUUGUCUGGACUACAAAGGACAUGUUCGUUCAGCACGUGUUACCUGGCACUGAGUUUUGGGACAGUGUUGACGAUGGCAAUACUAUUCUACAGGAGAGGAUUUCUCCCAAAGAGUUUAGGACAAUG